AGGCAAACAAAAACGAGAGGAAAUCUAGAUAACGAUUAACGAACACCUUGUACCUACCUCGUUAUCUCUCUUCGAUUCCUCCUAUGACUAGAAAACAUUGAAACCCAACCCAACAAACCUCAAAGCAAAAGCAAAUCGUUAACUUUGCAAAAUGGCUUUGAGAAGUUUCUCCACCCUUUUACGCAACACUCUCUUCCCCCAACAUUCUCAAUUCACCAAUGCUUCUUCCAGAACCUUUGUGUUAAUCUUGUUCCCCAAAUCAACUUCACCCACUUGCAUUCAUGAAUCCCACAAAGACGUGCACUUUUCGCCCUGUUUUAGUAAGAGGAGCCUCAACCUUACCCUUCUUCUCACAACGUUUCUGUUGGGUGAGGCUGUGUCAUUGCCAAAUGUGCAUGAUGCUGUGUUGUUGGCUCAAGAAUUGGAGCUUCAGAGAUACACUGAUUCCAAGGAAGGUUUCACUCUUCUUAGACCCUCUUCUUGGACAAAGGUUGAUAAAGCAGGGGCAACUGUGUUGUUUGAAGAGGCAAAUAUGGGAAGUAACAAUAUUGGGGUUGUGGUAAACCCAGUUCGUCUUGCCACUCUUGGAGACUUUGGGACUCCUCAGUUUGUAGCUGAUAAGCUUUUACAAGCAGAAAGACGUAAGGAAAGUACAAAGGAGGCUGAGUUGAUUACAGUUGCAGAAAGAUCCGGAGAAAGAGGCUUGCAAAUUUAUGAAUUUGAGUAUAAGGUCGAUAGUACUCGGGGAGGGAUGAAGAGGAUCUUUUCUGCAGCAUUUGUGGCCUCAAAGAAGCUCUAUCUACUAAAUAUUGUUCACUCUGAUAAACCUGAGAGUCCUCUUGAUCCUCAUAAAAGAAUAAUCUUAGAGCAAGUUCUUCAUUCCUUUGAUGCAGCAGCUUAAAUUCAAGCAUGAAGAAUUUUGCUAUUUUAAUUUUUUUAUUCUUUGAGUUUUGAUUUCUAGGUUAUGGCUACCAACUUGUGUUCAAAUCUUACUGAAAGCCACCAUAAACAAGCAGACUGAAAAUUUGAAGUGCAUGUAAGAAAAAAGAAAAAUUGUUAAAAUAUAUAGUUAUGCACUGAGUUAAAAAUUUUGGAAACUGACAGAGAAAUGUUUUGGUCAACCUAUAGCUAACUCCUGCUAUCAUAGUCUAGAUUUUAGAGAUGAUGCAAGCCAGGAAUUAAUCAUUACUAAGAAAUUUCUAGUCAAUUAUGUUAUGCUUUUAAAAUUAAUCUUGCCCUUUCUCAUGGCAAGGAUUUUAAUAAAUUCUUCGUGUGGUAAUCAUGAUGGUUGGUAUUUAGACAUUUUCUCUUGACCAAAAGUUCUGCAAGCUGCUGCUUGAGUGUAUCUUUAUCAUUCAUUAUGAGGGCGACUUAUCCAUGUGAUGUAGAUAUAAGAUAUAGCCCCUUGUGGCCUUUUGUUAUUAAUGAUCUCUUUUUCUAGU